CUCUUCUGGGGGAAGUGUUCGUAGAAACCAGUUGAUGUUAAAUUGAGAGUUAACUUUAUUCGUGGUUUUACUAAACCGCAGUUAAAACCAAAGUUGGUGGAAAGAAACGGGCAUUAAAACGGGCGUGCGAUUUCACGCGUGUUCGACAGGUUCGUCAUCCGUGUCGUCGUGUUAUUGGGAAAAUCGUGUACCCGUCGAGAGGCUACCGUGAAAAGUGAAAACAUCAACGUUGAAUGUCGUUCGGUUUGGCGGGUGGAACAGUGAAGAGGCGGUGUACCCAAUACGGUGAGCUUCAGGCCGAUCGCGUUGCGCGUGGAACGAAGCCGAAUAAUCCGCGAAUAUCGUCAUUCCCCGUGCUUUACGUGACGAAACAAGAGGAACAUUGAAAAGCUGGAUGUCGCGUGCUUGAAGAAUUCUCGACUGAUCGCUCAGUAUGACUGAAGGUACCACAUAACCAAUCGUAUCGAUGCGAUCGCCGGGCGUUUGAUCUCGGUUAAACGGAUUGUCUAUAUCGCACUUGAGGUCGUAAUCUAAAGUGAGACAAAGCGAAAGGGAGACUGCAAAGUGCAAAGUUAGACUGACCUAACCCAAAUUCGCCGUGAAAAAGACCGAUCCGGCCCUUAUCGCUGGACGUUAUCGAUGGUGCGCGAAAAUAGCUUGGCCGUAAACCUGCCCGUGACCGUUCGCGUAAGCUGUGAGAUCAUUGUACAAACAUUAUGACGGACGUUCGCCCUUGCUCCGUCACGAAGGAUCCUCCCUUCCUUCUCUCCCGCGUAUUUCUGGUGCCGCACGACGGCGAAAGACCCGCGGAGGAUGCACGUGCAUAAACGCGCCAAGUCGAAGGGCGUCGAUGCGUAAAGAUACGAGGUGGUACGAGGCGGUUUGGCACUCAGCUGUGAUUUCACUCGUGCUGUCGACAAUAUCAACCAGCCAUGAAGAAGCAGUUUUUCCGUGUCAAGCAGCUCGCCGAUCAGACCUUCUCCAGGGCAGGGAAAACGGAGAUGUUGACGGAUGAUCUACAAGCUGCUGAUAAACAUGUUGAACAAAUCAGAGCGGCUCUUACUGGUCUUAGUAAGAGACUUGGGAAUCCACCGAAUCAAACAGUCACACAAGAGGCUUUUAAAGAGAAACGUUUGAAAAAAUGCCACGAAUAUGUACUUGGACAAACUAUGUUGGAGAAUGCUGGUGAGGAUGGUCUCAUGAGUUUUGCACUGUUAGAAUGCGGGAGAGCACAAAUGUCAUUGGCUAAUGAAACUGUGGAACAUGAAGCAAAAGUUGAGCAAUAUGUAGCCGUUCCGCUACAACACAUUUUAGAUACCGAUGUACCAAAUAUAUUGAAACAUAAGAGAAAUUUAGCGCGUCUAACAUUGGACAUGGACAGUGCCAGAACGAGAUAUCUUCAAGCGAGUAAACACAGCGCCGGUACAGGUGCGACAAAAGUAGAUAACUUGAGGGAAGAAUUAGAAGAGGCUGAAUCAAAAGUUGAACAGUGCAGAGAUCAGUUAGCCGCGGAGAUGUUCCAGCUCAUGUCGCGCGAAACGGAACUGGCACAAACGAUUAUCCAAUAUGUGAAACUUCAGCGAGCUUACCACGAAAGUGCAUUGCAUUGCCUUGAAGAUCUUAUACCUGGACUAGAAAGUUAUAUCAAUGACAAUGAAAUGAAACCGGUAUACGGGUAUCCUCUCGAGGAACAUCUUAGGGUAACAAACAGGAAAAUUGCGCUACCCAUACAAUUGUGUGUGUCCGUGUUGUUGCGUUUGGGUAUGGAAGAGGAAGGUCUCUUUAGAAUAGCCGGCGCCGCAUCCAAGUCGCGGCGGAUUAAAUUAAGUUUAGACGCAUGCUGCCUCACGCUACCGAGGGCUCUAGAAUAUAAAGAUCCACACGUAAUCGCUGGCGCGUUAAAAUCAUAUUUACGAGAAUUACCAGAACCUCUAUUAACAUACAAAUUGUAUCCCGAAUGGAUGGCUGCUGCAAAACUCGCACACAGCGAUACGAGAUUACGAGCUCUCUGGGAAGUGUUGCAUAAAUUACCGCCAGCGAAUUUGGAGAAUCUACGGUUUCUAAUUAAAUUUCUGGCUGUGCUCACGAAAAAUCAGGAUGUAAAUAAGAUGUCACCGCAGAAUAUCGCUAUUGUCAUUGCCCCAAACCUGAUUUGGAGUCCACAAGAGGAUGCAAAUACGAUAGUGAUGAAUAUGAGUACAGCGAACAACUCUAGUCUUAUAGUAGACCAAUUAAUUACAUACGCGGACUGGUUCUUCCCGGGCGAGGUGGAUUUCGAUCGCGACCUAGAAGUGGGCAUCGCGAGCGAUUCGGAGAAUCAGAUUGUCGGCAUGCGCCGUUGCGUGUCCAAUACUAGUCUCAGCGAUCACGGUGAGAGUCCGCCGCAAGGUAGCCCGAAGCCGGCGGCGCGUCGAAAGAACAAACCAGCGCCGACGCCGCCGAGCGGCAACACUCCGGACAAACACGAGAGGAGAUGCGACGACAGACAACCACCACCGACGCCGGACAAGCCGCCGAGAAUCUUAGCGUUGGGCACGUUGACUCGAACAUCGCAUAAAGUAGCUCACAAGUACGAGAUGAAUGCCGAAUCGACGCGAGGACAACACGAUGACACGGCGGAGCGGCAUGCGGAAACGGACGCAAAGCAAUCGGUCGCGGAGCCGACGUCGACGGAUCUUCAUCUUGCGGACAAUUGCGAGCGAUCGCAGGAGACCAGUACUCACCAAAGCGAAGUGUUCAAUUUAAGCGAUGUAGAGAAGAGCAUCCCGGAAUUGCAAAGAUGCGACGCGAAAGUGAGUGCACCGAGCACAAAGGAGAGACCAAGCGGAGUCUCGGCCGAGAAUGUCGCGAGAUCGACUGUGGAAGUCGAGCACAAUGAAAGUACGGUGCAAAAGCCAAAACCAGUGCCUACAGAAAAGCCAUCCACAUUGGAGAGGAGAAGACCGAUAGCAGCACCUAGAAAUAUAACAAAUAUUACGCAUGCAACAGAAGAUGCGGUCGAAUUGCGUAAAAAGUCAGAUAACACCGUGACGAAUGUACAGUCAUCGGGUGACAGAAGCAGCAAACCGGCGAUCCCCGAGCGGCCGGCUUGUCUGGUUCGUCCGUCGAGCCUCAUCAGACAACAUCCACGUCAUAGUAACGAAAAUCUAGAAACCGAUCCAGGGCCUCUAACGCUGGAACGGGCGCACGUAUACUCCGUGGACAAACAGCAGGUCAGUAUAAUACAAGUGCGUGGGAACAACAGCAAUGCGUUGUCCACAUCGGGCGAGAGCAUUGGCAACACGGCAACUUCGAACUUGCAGAGAAGCCCAAGCGUGGGUAGCCGGCCGUCCUCUAUAUCUCUGUACGGCUCCGAACGCCGCGAGGAGAAAGCGGCGAGGCCGGCGGAGCAGUCGUAUCAAGCGUCGUGCGUCGAGCAAGCGAAAGCUCACGCGCGCACUAGAUCGGAAGGCAACAUUAUCGACGUGCAGACGCAGACUGACGCGAGGGUGAUCGUCAGGUCGCCGCAGCAGAAUGUGCCGGCUUCGCCGAGAUUCCAUCAGCGACCACCGCGGCCGCAACCGCCGCCACCGCCACCGCCCACGGCACGGCCUAAGUCGGAGCAAGAGAGCACCAAUCUUUAGAGUGAUUUCUGUUUCUCUCUGAAAGAAGCGCGUGGGACACAUUCCGCGCUGGGGAUUGUCGGCAAUCGUUGUCGCUGUCUCACCGUCUCAUUGAAGACAGCGCGUCUUCGUGUACGACAAUAUGUCACUAUGUAGAAAUUCUCUAUCUCCGCGGAUCGGAAGAAUCGCCGACAGAUAACAAUCGAUGAAAGUCCUCGUUCAUUUGAAGAGAAGUACCUUCGCGCGUCUUUGCUAAUCCGAAGGAUCGAGUUAUCAUCAUCGCAAUGGGAAUAGCGCGAGUUUGCAUGGUGAUUCAAAACGCGUUACAUCAAGCGUGUAUUUCAUAGGUUUGAUAACAAUCGGACAAAGUUACUCUAUUUUUCCCGUGAUCUCCCUAUUUAUACGACUUGUAUUCCAAUGAUAAUCUUUAAAGAGAGAGAGAGAGAGAGUUUCGACGAGAUGCCAUUGUACGAGGGCAAGAGAAGAUAGGAAGAGUCAGUCGAAUAUGCAUUUUGAACGUUAAAGCGGUUUGCGCAUUCGGCAGCUCUCAGCACGCCGUAUAUUAUUUUCUAAAUCCUUUUUAGAUACAUACAUACCUAAUUUUUCGAUAAUCGAUAAUGACGACGACGACGAUGACGAUGAUGAUGAUGAUGAUAUUUUUGCAGCUUACCAACUUUUUAUACUUAUAGCAAAUAAGGAGAGAGGUGGAAGCUCUGAAUGUUGUUUUGAGAGUAAGAAUAUCAGUUCGUAUAUCACGCAGAUCACCACCGUGAGCGUCGAAG